AUGGCCACCGGUUUCCCUAUUCCAAAUGAAGGAACCAAAUGGUGGCCCAGCAGCUUCGACUACAGCACACUUUUGUUGCUUUACGAUACCACUGAGAAGAGAGCUUGGCUGGUGCCAGACUCUGAAGUAAUUCUGCACAUGGUUCAGUAUCUGCUCGGCCAGGAUCCUGCUAUUGUCAACGAGCAGCCCGUUAAACUGAGUCUUACGGCCGUAGCCAGAUCAGACUUGACUUCAAACGCCGCCAUAACGAUCGAAGAAGGCUACACAUUUGAAAAUGCAGUGAAAAGUACCUGA